CUUUUUUCCUAGCGUUGCUAAGCAUGCUACAAAAUAUAAUGUUCGCGAUUGGUCGGUGACGGUCAAGGUGGGGCCCGCAUCUGAUCGUCCAUAUUAAUAUUUUGAGGCUUACCCUCCGGCAAACGUCCGGCGUUGCGAACAAAGCCGCAUCCGGCUCGUCCGUCGACGUGACGGAAGCGGAAUCUCAAUCUAGCGCGAUGAUACCGACCAGCACCGUCAGCCAACAGGCCAAAAUCGGCUUGCAACUCACCGGAGUGUGGCCGAAUUCCUCUGUCUUGUUUAAGCUGCUCUGGACAUCAAUAAUGAUAAUAGCACUGAUCUUCCAAUAUCGAUACGUUCUCUAUCACUUCAACACCGACGAUCUGCCACAUCUGAUAGACGGUUUGAGCACCACCGUGCCGUACAGUCUUCUGUUCUUCAAGUUGAUUGUCCUAUGGAUCAAAAAUCGAGUAUUCAUCGAUAUCCUGACGGCAAUGUCCAAGGAUUGGCGCGAGUGUUCCAGCAUGCAUGUCAUGAUCGACAAAGCGACGCUGUCGCAUCGUUGCUCUAAAUUGAUCAUCGGUAUUUACUCGACGGCGGUGUUGCUUUACAGCACUGCGUCCAUUGACUUCAGAAAGAAUAUCGAUGUUUGUCGGGAGCUGCUCGUAAAAAUGGAGCUACCCUUUGUCUUUUGCGAAUCGCCAACUUAUGAGAUCGUCAUGUUCGUGCAGUUCAUUCAUCUGAUGGCGGUCUCUUUGAUUAUAGGAACAAUCGAUACGUUAAUUGUUACAUUGAUGCUGCACAUUGGUGGACAGAUAGAUAUCAUACUUCAGCAAUUGAACAAGAUCUAUCCCAAGGAUGGCGAGUAUGGCUUACCUACUGGCACCGCGAAGUCCUUAAUUAUCAAGCACUAUAAAAUCAUUGAUUUCUCGGACAGCAUCGAGAACCUCUUUAGCCUAAUCGCGCUAAUGCAAUUCUUAUCGAGUAUAGUGAUCAUGUGUUGCAUCGGAUUCCUCGUGAUAUGCACAUUAGGUACUGAUGACGGCAUCAGGAUGUUAAUAAAGACCUUUUUCUUCUACAUCGCCAUGACCAUGGAGUCGUUCAUUUUUUGUUUCGCCGGUGAAUAUUUGAGUAACAAAAGCAAAACGGUCGGCGAUGCGGCAUACGAGUCUCUCUGGUAUGUCCUUAAGCCGCAGGACAGCCGCAUGCUGUUGCUGAUGAUAAUGAGGUCACAAAGACGGCUGACGAUCACCGCGGGGAAAUUUAUGGAUCUGUCACUGCAAGGAUUCAUGAACAGCUUGAAAGCCUCUGCGUCGUAUAUAUCCGUUUUGUAUGCAAUGUACUGAUGUCAAUGAAGCUUACAAUUAUACAUAUACGCUGUUUAUUGGAAAUGUCUAAAUAUUUGUGUUCCGUACAAUAUAAAGUACUUCUACUAAAUAAUUCCGUAACAUUGCGGGUGCACACAAUGGCGAUAUAGCAAUAUCAAGAAAUAUAAGUCUAUAUGAUAUAAUAUAAGCAUAAUAUUAUAGUUAAUGAUAUUUUUAAUGGUGUUAAUAUCGGGUAUCUCGAGUACUGCUCGGGUAUCCGAAUGUUUCAGGUAUCAGGGUGUUUCUCGAAAAGCACCCAGGUACCCGGUUAUUUCGAAUAUUGCCCGGACACACAGGUAUCUGAUUAUUUUGAAGUAACUAGAAAAUCAGUAGAAAUCGUUGGAAUAUUAACAACACUAAUCAUCAACUGUAAUGUGAUUUCAGUGUACUACACGAUUGCUCUUUCUCUCGUCUCGUUGAACGAUACAUCUGGGAACAACGCUAAAUGUAAAUGUAUGUGUACUCGUUAGAGUAUUUAGAAAGGUCUGAGACCAAUCGUUGUUUCGACGUUUUAAUCGAGGAAAGAAAUGUCUUCGCACACGCUCACAUAAACAAAAUGUCUUCACACAUACAUAAACAAAAUGUCUUCACAUGAAAUAUUCAUUAUUAAAAAAUUAAGAUCCAAAAUGCUUCUUUACGUACGAGCAAUAUGCGAUAUCACUACAUCUUUGUAAGAAUCGUCAUUUGUUACGAUUACAGCGCGUACGCCUGGAGUAACUUCUGCAUGAUCCGCCUUUUCCACCAUAUAUCUGCAUUUCUCGGAAAAUCCGCAAUUACUCUAUUCUGGACCCGCGGUCGUUCACUCCAAACGCCAAAUGGAAAAGUCGUAUCCUAUGCAUUUUUCAUGCAGCCAAUCUGUUCCGUCAUUGGGACUUUUUGCGAUGAAAUGAGACAGCGGUAAAACCACAAUGUGUACGACCACGGUCGUGUAACU